GGAGAAGGUUUAAAAGACUGCAUGUAUAGCAUGAACAAUAAAACAUUUAUACAAUAAAUAUGUUACUUAUUCUACACGAUGGUAACUUUUUAUUUCAAUAAUCCCGAAUCAUUUAUUUCAUACAUAAAUAUGUGCAAUUGGGGAAACAGAAAUACAUUACAUAUUCGUUGACAUAACCUAUGUACAAAACAUGGGUAAUACUUUCAUAAUUGAACUAUUACUAACUACAGUUUAACAUUUUUUAUUUUACAUAAAUAUUUAUCAUACAUAAUUGAUUUCAAUUCAAUUCUGAUCUUCGCCCAUUAUCUAACAAGAUCUUAUUAUCAUCGAAGGUUAGGCGUUCGAUUGAAUUAAUUUAAGAAUAAUACGCCAUCACACGCAGUCUCAUAGGCGGCGAUUUGUAUUUCUGUUCCGUUUCGAUCGUAACGCGGCGAAUCAACCGCCUAUCGUUUCCAGCGUUUUGCACACCAUGAAUUGACGCUCGAUCAGGCCACUACACGUAGCACACGUGUUUUUGAAAACUGAAAUCUCUUCGUGUCCUUCGCUACUUCUAACCUAACUCGUAUCACUGGGUAACGCGUCGGGUGUUCCGAUGCAAUAAAAUAUAAAGUCGAUCGGAAAAGUCAUCGAAACUCGUCUCCAACCAGCGGUUAGAUAAGAUCCUUUUAUUAACAAUGUAUCAAAAACUGAAACUGGAGGUCCAGUACCUAACGGAGCAGCAUCUUACCGGCUUCGAAAAUUAUAAAUACAACUCUGUGGAUACGAGUCCUCUGAGCGUUUAUAUUAUGCACCCAUUUUGGAACAAAGUUGUUCAGUAUUGUCCAAAAUGGGUUGCUCCGAAUGUACUAACCUUUUCUGGAUUCCUUUUCACUGUCUUCAACUUCACAAUGUUCGCAAGUUACGAUUAUUAUUUUUAUGCAUCCAGUGACGAUAAGCCACAGUAUCUUCCUAUACCACGAUGGGUCUUUGCUCUGGGUGCAUUUAACGUCUUUAUGGCAUAUACACUUGAUGGUAUAGAUGGAAAACAGGCGCGACGUACACAGACUUCUGGUCCUUUAGGAGAGUUGUUUGAUCAUGGGUUAGAUAGCUGGACAACUAUGCUUAUCACUGUUUGCAUGUUUUCUGUAUUCGGCAGGACAGAUCACAGCGUGUCCCCAUUGAGAAUGUAUUUCAUUCUAUGGAAUGUGUUUAUCAAUUUCUAUUUGACUCACUGGGAAAAAUAUAACACUGGGGUAUUGUAUCUUCCCUGGGGAUAUGAUCUAUCUAUGGUGGGUACCACUAUAGUGUUUAUUAUAACGAGUAUAGGAGGGCAUAGAGCUUGGAAAUUUGUACUACCAGGUGGUAUAUCAGUUGGAGUGAUGUUUGAGUUGGUACUUUAUGUUACUGCAAUUGUAUCUAGUUUACCUGUUGUCCUCUGGAACAUAUACAAAUCGUACAGGGACAAGACUGGUAAAAUGCGAACAUUCCUAGAUGCUAUAAGACCUCUGAUACCUUUAGCAGUAUUUUUUGUAAUCUCAACAAUCUGGGUGAUUCAUUCGCCUAGUAAUAUUAUAGAGAAAGAUCCUCGAAUCGUUUUCUUAAUUAUAGGAACGAUUUUCUCAAAUAUAUGUUGCCGUUUGAUCGUUUCACAAAUGAGCAACACCGCGUGCGAGAUGCUGUCGUGGAUAUUGUUCCCUAUAGCAUUUGCAGCAGCUUUCUCGUUUAUCUUGCCAAGCACAGAUCUGGUAGUGGCAUAUAUUGUUGCCAUCCUAGCUUUAUUAGCACAUAUACAUUAUGGAACUUGUGUGGUGCGUCAGAUGUGUCGUCACUUCCGCAUUCAUACAUUCCGCAUUAAAGAUCGUGCCGAUUGA